AUGCCGCCCUCACUCAAUGCUCAUUCUUCGUUUACACGCCCGCGGACUGGCGACCGCGAUGGCCGUCCCGUCACCCGCGAUCAGGCCGACGCCAACCUAAUAAUCCCGAGCCGGACCUCGUCCCUCCACUCUCGCAUCACCCAGCCAAUUCCUUCAACGCUGAAUAUGAAGCCGCAGCAAAGGACGCCCAAGACGCUUACUCAUGCCUAUAUGGUCUGCGGCGUUGGCCGGGAGCCGUCACAAUGGGUCAAGGCCCCGGCGCCGGCUCAGGGAAAGAUCGGGCACAUGAAGGGUGCGGUUCCCCAGUUCUGGCUCCCCGAGAUUCUGGGAAGCAGUCCGAGGUUGGAACAGGACAACGAGAUCGCCCGGGCGUUACAUGCUGCUAUGAGGGCGUGCUUCCCUCAUGACGUGGAGAUCUGCACUGGCCGUAGCCAGCCACACUGCGUCCACCAUGCCUUUGUUCUCCAGCAGGACUCGUCUCACACUCUUUACGGUAUCUGCCUGCGCGUCUGGUCGCGCGCUGAUGAGAAGCGGGCCGAGACCAUCCGGGAGCUCAGGAAGCGGACGGAGCCCGACUUCUACGACAACCCGGAGGAGCAGUACUGGAUCCCCUACUGCCUGUCAUUCCUUUCGCGCUACCCGCUCUAUAAUCUGCUCGGGGACUACCUGCGCGGCAUGUGGAUUCACUGGAAUAAGGCUACUAACCUCUUCCACGCCGAGGAGGUGUCUCGAAUCCUGAGCUUCCCCGCGCCUCGGCUGAAUGAUCUGGUCCGCAUUGACAUGAAGGACUAUGCGCUCUGCUAUCAGUUCCCUUCCUCGCCAACCGGUUUCCAGAACUUCGCCAUGUGGCCGCUUUUCUGCUGCCUCUCGAUCCCCAACAUUGUUGGUGUGAUUGAGGCAGCCAUCUCUCCUACACGCCGCAUCAUCUUCGUCAGUCAUUACCCCGCCAUGCUGACCAUGGCUGCUGAAACGGUCCGCUUCUGUGUUCGGGUCUACGAGUGGAGCGGCCUUUAUGUACCGAUUGUCCAUGCCCGCCACGCCAAGGAUCUCGUCGAGGAGCCUGGUCCGUACAUCCUGGGUAUCACAGCCGAAUGCCGGUCCCUGUUUACCGCUCCUCAAGACGCCUUGGUUGUUGACCUGGACCGCAACUUCGUUCUCACCUCGAACCCGCCGACAGCUCUUAACCCAGGCCAGCGCAAUAAGUUCGUGACGAGACUCACCCAGGCACUCAACGGUGAUGUCACACCAUCCGGCGUUCCUCAGCACCUGCGUUCGGCCUACGGCGGCGGAAAGCUAGUUCCGGCUGGACAAAUCAUUGUUAUGCGUGGGGAAGUAGAAUCCAUUCAGGAUCCUGAGUGGUGGAACCAAGACGCGGUGAUGGCGGUCAUGGACCAUGUCUGCGAGAAGAUGGGUCGCAAUACGGGCCUGAAGGCCGUCUUCGGUGGAUCCGUUAAGAAGCCGCUGAUGACGAAGGUUUCGAUGAGGCAUCUGAAUGAGAUCGUGCGUGAGCGGAACCAGUACUCGAGAGAUGCGCUGGAAGCGUGGCAAGAUUUCAUCAAUCUCAAGGGCCGCCUGGAUACGGAGCUCAACAAGGUUACCAAGCGCAACAACUACCUGAACGAGGAAUUGGAGAGCUGGAAGCAACAGUUCCUUAAAUUCCAAGCGUUCGCCGACACUCUCACAAAGGAGACGCAGGAUCUUAAGGUCAAGAUCGAGAACCACAAGCGUGAGAACCGCCGUCUGGCCGGCCUCAUCGACCAGCAGAAGGAUGAUGCCUCUAGACUCUCGGUCCGUCUUGCUGGCACUGAGAAGCAGCGUGACGAUGCACUUGAGGCUCUUGUUCUUCAACAGGAGAUUGCCGAGGAGCUAGAGAGGGAGCGCAAGAGGAAUAGGAAAGAACUAAGCGCCCUCCAGCACACCAACGUGACGAUCGUUAGGCAACGAGAUGAGGCCCGCCGUGUCGUGCUGCACCUCCGGAGCUUGAUCUCUGGCCAGCACCACCACAUGGAGCACCUCGUCAAGACGCUGACGUCCCCAGAAGAGCUUGCCGCAGAGAUCGAGGCCGGUUUUGCCGCCCAGGAAGAGGCCGAGGCUGCUGCUGUUGCGGCUGCUGCUCAACAAGAAGGUGUGGACGAGAACGACGCCCGCUUCAUCAAGAACCUCACGCUCGCCAGCCGGCGCAUCUCGACCCAAACGUUCAUCGACGUGGCCGACCGUCAUCUCAAAGACAAGACGGAUGCCAUCGCCCACAUCAUCCGCAACAUUGCGGAACAGUGCCAGGCCGCUGUCGAAGGCCUGCAACUCGCACAAGAUGCCGAGCUCGGGAGGCCGCAAUCGUCGGCCUCCAGGGCUCGGGAGAGUUUAAAAAGCAGGAGAGGGAGUUCUCUCUCAACUGCCCCCAGUGACGACGGAACCGCCUCGGCGGCCACGUCCGACGUCGGUGAUGAUUCCACCCUCCUCAGACCCAAUAGUGCGCGCCUCUCUAGCAUCCCACCCACACCGGAUCUCAUUCCCAACCGCAGCAGCACUAGCAUGUCUUUCGCGAGCACCACGGCCACGACCCCUGAGCGGACCUCCCAGCAGUACCUCAUCGGAGGCGGAGCGAGUCACCUCGCCGGACAUGACAUCCCCACCAAGAUCGUGGAGGACGACGAGGACGUCGAUGACCUCGACGGCGACGAGCGCGUGGGAGAGUCCGAGGGAAACCCCAUCCCCGCGCCCCCGCAGGAACCGGGCGUCGUGGGUAAGCACGCGGAGAGUCUGAUCCACCGGCCCUCGGGCGCGAGAAUCAGCGCCCUCGGGGGCUCGCGCUAA